AUGCAUCUCUACAUAGCAAGGACUCCUCUGGCUGGGCAGAACUGUCUGACUGAUUACACGGAGCUGGAGUUCAAGGAGGAGCCUAACAGAGAACUUUGGAAACCUGACAAGUAUGAUGACAUCAAGAAGGUGGUGAAGCAGGCAUCAGAGGGCCCACUAAAGGGCAUCCUGGGCUACACUGAGGACCAGGUUGUCUCCUGUGACUCCAACAGCAACUCCCACUCUUCCACCUUUGAUACUGGGGCUGGCAUUGCUCUCAAUGACAACUUUGUAGAGCUCAUUUCCUGGUAUGACAAUGAAUACGGCUACAGCAACAGGGUGGUGGACUUCAUGGCCUACAUGGCCUCCAAGAAGGAAGAAACCCUGGAUCACCUACCCCAGCAAGGACACUGA